AUAAGUUAUUUUUUGUUUUUUUAUUUUUGGCAUGGACACGGCGGAUUCUCCGACAAAAACGCAACCUAGCGAUGAUGAAAAUUACAAUUUGCUGUGCCAGGCCCACCAACAGUUCAACAAUUGCGAGUACGACCGCUGCCUGGAGCUGUUACAGCAGCUGGAGACGAAAGGGGAGAGCAGCGGUUUAAUUCUGCGCCACAAUCGGGCCGUGGUCAAGUACUAUAAAGGUGGCUGCAUGCAGCACCAGACGCUGCUGCAGGAGCUGGAGCAGCUGUCGGAUGCCAAGUCGGCGCCAGGCGGUGGUCCAGUUGUGGGUCUCUCGCUAAAGCUGAAGCAUGCGGGCGGCAGUGCGAUAACCGUGGCCAGGUACAAUAAGGCGGUUAUCUAUUACCAUCGGCAUAUGUAUGGCACGGCACUGGAGAGACUGGCUCCGCUUGUGGCCAGAUUGGAGGCACUGGAGAAGCACAUGGCUGCGCUGGUCGCCACGUUGCAGCUGCAGUUGCUGCUUGCCACAAAUCAGCUGAAUCGCGCCGAGGCAUUUCUCGAUUAUUUGCAGUAUAAGCUUAAUCUGGUGGCAAGUGCGCCCAGUCCCAAUCCCAAUCCGAAUCCCAAUCCAACUGGCAGUGCCGAAGAGGCGGCAACUGGCGCCGCCGCUGCUGCGGUUGCUGCUGCCGCCGCCGCUGCUGCUGCUGCCACAUCGACGCUGGCGGCAGCUGCAACACCCAUGCUGGAGACGACUGUGGCACGCGUGGCAGGCGAAAGCGGUGGCACCUUGCAGCUGUUGCAACUGUUGACGCUCGUGCUGAACCGCAAGCCGGUAGUCAUUAUUGAGGAUGGAACACCGCAGUCCGCGGAACUGAGAGCGCUGCAGUACUACAUCAUGAAGGACUUUCAGAUGUCCGCCAAGCAGCUGAUGCGCAUCAAUAACGACUGCACCCAGGCGGGCACCGUCACUCCUCAGCUGAACACGUGCAUUGCCAACAACAUGGGCGUCAUCCAUUUGCGUGUGCGCCAUUAUGCGAUUGCGGCCAAGUUCUUUCAGAAUGCGCUGCGCUUUGACCAACAGCUGGCUGAGAAUCUGCGACAGAGCUCGCUGCAAACCAUGAGCUCGGCACGCUCCUGCGAGAUCAUGUACAAUCUGGGCAUUGCCAUGCUGCAUCUGCGCCGUCCCAAGGAGGCAUUCCAGUGCUUUCUGGUGCCCAUCAAGCAGUAUCACAGCAAUCCUCGGCUGUGGUUCCGCAUGGCAGAGGCUUGCAUAAUGGAGCACGAAUCGAAACUGCGUGGAGAGGAGCGUCAGUCCUUCGAGGGUGCCAUGAACUCUUCCCUUCCCAAGCCGUAUGCAGCACAAUCGUCCGCAGUGCCGGAGCCAACGCUUGAAUUUGCCGCGUUGUGUCUACGCAGUGCUCUCACCCUGGCACUCCAAUACAGGGCUACGUUCCAUAUGGCUGCCUCGCCGGAGGAGACAUUAGAACAGAAGGAUGCGGCGCCGCAGCUGUGGAGUCAGCAGCAGGACAAUAACUUUUGCAACCCAUCGAAACCGAUUAGCUUAGAAUCGCUUGAGAAUAUGUUGGCCGCCAUUUAUGCGGCGCACAGUUUUGUCUCCUUACGCCUGGGCGACCAUGUAACCGCAUUGGAAAUGGCCAAACAGCUGCUCCAAAGCGAACGUCUCUCUGAUGCACACAAACUGCUGGGACACAUGUACGCGGGUGAGGCGCUCAUAAUGAUGGAUAAGGCCACCGAGGCACGGGAGUAUCUGGAGCCGACGUUUGUGAGCACGUUGAACGCUCUGGAUCUGGAGACACGUGAUUGGCAACUAAAAUCGCUGGACGCUGCCCAGAACGUAGUUCGAUACAAUUUGGCCGUUGCCUUGGCCUUACAGAACGAUUUUCAGGCGGCCAAAAAUCUAUUGGCCACGUUAAGCCAUCCGAUUGUGAGCAGUAAGGCAUUGAUCCUGCAUCGUUACGUCGAACUAAAAAUGAACGCAGCUAGUGUACUCAAUUAGACAACAAAUUGUGUAAAUAUCAUAGACGGAAUCAAAAUGGAAAAUAAUACGGAUUGUAAAUAUAGAUAAACCACUGACAGACAUCAGUUAAUAAUGGUUCAUUUAA